AGAUUUAGAGGUAUGAUGGAGCGCUGUUUUGACUUCUCACAGGAUGAGCUGGACGAACUUCGGGCUGAAAUGGAAGAAAUGCGUGACAGCUAUUUAGAGGAAGAUGUUUACCAGCUGCAGGAGCUGCGGCGAGAGCUGGACCGGGCAAACAAGAAUUGCCGCAUUCUGCAAUAUCGUCUCAGGAAAGCAGAACAGAAAAGCUUGAAAGUUGCACAAACAGGACAUGUGGAUGGAGAGCUCAUUAGGAGCCUGGAACAAGAUUUAAAGGUAGCCAAAGAUGUUUCUGUCAGACUGCACCAUGAGCUGGAGAGUGUGGAGGAGAAACGCGUUAAAGCAGAAGAUGAAAACGAAGUCCUUCGGCAGCAAAUCAUCGAGGUGGAAGUGUCCAAGCAGACUCUGCAAAAUGAGCUGGACAAGUUAAAAGAGGUAAGCAAUUGUCAGAAAAGCCAUGAAGAGGAGUAUUGCUGGGUUAGAAUGGAAAUUUGGCACACAGGUGUUUUAGACUAAUUCGUACACAAAAUGCUUGCUGAUAGUGCUUGUACGAUUGCCCCAAAGGUCUCCUUUGU